AUGGCCGACUCCAAGCCCGUUGACGUGCCCGAACUGGGCUUCUGGGAAAAGGCAGAUCUCUCUCUCGCUCAGCUCACCAUCGCGACCAAUGCUCUCAUGGCAGCCAUCACAGGAGUAUUUCGAGGUUCGGCCAGCCCGAAGAAAUACAGCCAUCAUAUCACGGCUGCCGCUAUUCGCCGGAUGUGUGAUCGCACGUCCGAUCGUCAGAAGCAGGCUAUGUUUCCUCCGUCAACCUCUGUCUAUACUUCCGUGAUGCAAAAGCGCGGCCUCGAGCCAGAGAUCCAGCCAUCCCACCCUAUUUUCGAGUUCUGGCUUGACCUACUUCAAGUCGUCAACGACAGCGGUCACGAUAUCGCCGUGUUCUUCCCCCGCUACACUCUCACUCCAUACGGAACAUAUCCGACACAAUUGCGCCAAGCCACCGAAGCUCUGCGGUAUAUUCUAAACGAGACAGGGCGGUCGCCAGGUAAUGUGGUCGUGGGCGGCGACUCGGCGGGUGGGAACUUGGCCAUGGCGACACUGCUACAUCUGUCGCACCCACACCCGGAGAUUGAGCCCAUCUCGCUCUCAGAGCCACUGGCAGGCGUAUUUGGCUUUGCGCCGUGGAUCAACUUCAGCCAUGAGGGACCAUCAUUCAAAGAGAAUGAAUGGAAAGACAUUCUCACACGCAACGUGCUGAAUAAUUGGUCUGCUUCUUAUCUCGGCGGCAAAGUGAAGGAUAACUGGAAUGAGCCGGAUAAGGCGCCUGCGGAGUGGUGGCAGGAUGCGAAGACGGAGCGCAUCUUGAUCUUGGCUGGUGGUGAUGAGAUCUUGCUUUCACCGAUCGAGCAGUUUGCGAAGAAGAUCAAGUCUGUCUUUCCGAACACAACCUAUGUCGUCGGUUACGACGAGGCUCAUGACGCGCCCUUUUACACCGAUGCUGGGUCGAAGGAGGGAACACAAACGAGCAGGGAGCUGCGUAAAUGGAUCGCUUCUCGUUUGUGA